GAGGCCUACACCUUUGCAUGCCUCUAGUAAACAGGAGUCCUGCCGGGCCUCACGGGGUGCAGGAUCGAACCUGUUACUGCUGCAGAUAGGAGAUAUAAGCAGCCUGGAACAUUGGUCUGAAUCAUACACACACAUGCUGACUGGACCGACUGUGCUCACUGCAGUAGAUAUGAGGAUAAAAGCCACAGUUUUCUGGACAUGUACUUUAGUCGUCUCCCUGUUUGCCGACUCCUAUCAUACACAGAAGCUAAACAUCCACUGGGGUCCUCAGUCCAUGAUGUACUUGAAGGGAAAAUAUGGCAGGAGGUUUGUAUCAGAGGAUGACAGACAUGUGUUGAAGCAGAGUCUGCAGGGCUGGUAUGCAGUGCUCAGAGGCAUUCAGAGACUACAGUUGCAGGAGCUCAGCAAGACUGGUCACUUCAUGAGCUCAGAGGAAGUCCUCAUCCACUACCUCCAGGAGAGAUGAGACAUUCAGAGACAGACGGUGUCCAUGUGGGAACAUAAUUAACCUUUCAGUGAGAACAUAUUCAAAAUAACAGACUUCAGUUUAGAUCACAACAGUCAGGCUCCCGGCUCUAUUGAAUGUGACACAUGGGCUGCUGCAUCCUAACCGGACCAUCAGCAAAUUAUCAUGAAAGAUCUGCUUGAGUCGUUAUAGUAUAUAAAUAUUAAAAUAUUAAAUAUAAAUGUAUUUCAUAAGUAAAUUAUGUUUGCCUAUUUGUGUUUUUCAUGCAUUAAUUAUUAUUGGUAUAUGUACAGAUUUCAGCUUGCUGUAUAUAAAGCAACUGAAAAGGACAAAAUGCCCUGAAUAAAUGAUGAAAGAUGGUGUUUACAUCUUUUU